CAGAGUCACAGACACAGAGUACACAGUACACUCACACCACCACUCUCCUCUACCAAACCCAGACAGCUGAAGAAGAAGAAGCAGCUAGCCGGCCGAUCUCAUUCUUCCUCCCCGUCGUACGUUGCGUCGGUCGACCUCGCCCAGCUAGCCCGCGCGCGGCGACCUGUGCGCGCGCGCGCGGUUGCUGGAUCGGUCGGUCGAGAUGGGGCGGCUGGGGAAGUUCGAGAUAAAGCGGAUCGAGGACGCGACCAGCAGGCAGGUGAGCUACUCCAAGCGGCGGUCGGGGAUCAUGAAGAAGGCGCGGGAGCUCGCCGUGCUCUGCGACGCCCAGGUCGCCAUCGUCAUGCUCUCCUCCACCGGCAAGCACCACCACUUCUGCAGCGACGGCGCCGACAUCAAAGGGAUCUUCGACCGCUACCAGCAGGCCACCGGGACCAGCCUGUGGACCGAGCAGUAUGAGAAUAUGCAGCGCACCCUGAGCCGGCUCAAGAGCAUCAAUCGGAACCUGCGCACGGAGAUCAGGCAAAGGAUGGGUGAAGAUCUGGACGCGCUGGAGUUCAAGGAGCUGCGCGGGCUCGAGCAAAAUGUCGGCGCCGCUCUCGAGGUGGUUCGCCAGAGGAAGUAUCAUGUGAUCACCAGGCAGACUGAAAUCUACAAGAAGAAGGUGAAGCACUCCGAGGAGGUAUACAAGAAACUGCAGCAGGAGCUGAGCAUGCGCGAGGACCCCGCGUUCGGGUUCAUGGACAACCGGGCGUUCGGGUUCAUGGACAAUCCGGUGAUGGGCGGGUGGGACGGCGUGGCGGCAGUGGAGAUGGGCGGCGGCGGCUCGGAGGCGGAUAUGUACGCCUUCCACGCGGUGUCCAGCCAGCUCGAUCUGCACGGCAUGGCCUACGGCCGCUCAGACUGCCCGCUCUUCGGUUAAUCGGUCAUGUCGGUCGAUCUUGGCUUAUAUCAAGUGACCGAUCGUGUAAUAACUAGUACUACAACAAAAGAAAAUCUGUGUGUUUCGAGUUUUGGUUUGAAAACUUUGGAGAUUGUAGAAACAUGUUGUGUGAACAUUGAA